UAGCCGCAGUUACGGACUCGCUAAAGCUCACAUCACUACCACCACGACCACCGCCGCCAUCGCUCGGCCAUGUCGUCGGCUCCGGCGUCCUACGACCGCCUCGCCGACCUCCGCGCCCUCGACGCGACGAAAUCCGGCGUCCGCGGCCUCGUCGCCGGCGGCGUCGCCGCCGUCCCCCGCGUCUUCCUCCUCCCCCCCGGCGACCGCAUCCCCACCCCUUCCCCCCGCGAACCCCAAACCCAACCCCUCGCGACCGUUCCCGUGGUGGAUCUUUCUAGAAGCGGCGCGAGGGGGGAGGCGGUCGAGGCGCUGCGGAGGGCGAGCGCGGAGUGGGGGUUCUUCCAGGUCGUCGGCCACGGGGUGCCGCAGACUGCCACGGCGUCGGUCCUGAAAGCGGUGGCCGCCUUCCACGAGGAGGAGGAAGGGGGAGGGGAAGACGGCAGGGAUGCGAAGGCGCGGCUUUACUCCCGGGAGCCCCGGCAGGCCGUCAAGUACCACUGCAACUUCGACCUCUACCAGUCCCGCGUCGCCAACUGGCGCGACACCCUCUACUGCCGCAUGGCCCCCGAUCCCCCCAGUCCUGACGACCUCCCCGCCUCUUGCAGGGAUGAACUUUUUGAAUAUGCCAAUCAUGUCAUGACAUUGGGAAAUACUUUGUUCGAGCUUCUCUCGGAGGCACUCGGACUUAGUCCGACCUAUUUAGCGGACAUCGAAUGCAACAAGGGGCAAAUUCUACUCUGCCACUACUAUCCGCCGUGUCCUGAGCCUGAACUUGCCAUUGGGACAAGCCAGCAUUCUGACUCUGGUUUCUUGACUGUUCUUCUCCAAGAUCACAUUGGUGGCCUUCAAAUUCUUCAUGAUGGUGAGUGGGUUGAUGUUGUGCCUAUACCUGGAGCACUGGUCGUCAACAUUGGUGAUCUCUUGCAGCUGAUCACCAAUGAUAAGUUCAAAAGCGUCGAGCAUCGCGUUCUGGCGAAGAAUGCGGGACCGCGGGUUUCAGUGGCAUGUUUCUUCAGUACCCAUUUCCAACCAUCCUCGACGAAGAUGUAUGGCCCAAUCAAGGAACUAUUAUCCCAGGAUAAUCCUCCUUUGUACCGGGAAACACUCGUAAGAGAUUACAUGGCGUACUAUUACUCGAAGGGGUUAGACGGAAAAACCGCAAUAUCGCAUUUCAGGUUGUGAUUUUCAUAUAUACGAUGCAUUAAACAUUGCAGCGUGAUAUUCUCCGUUAUGAUGUUAUACAUAUAUUCACUAUACAUUACAAAUAUGUAAGAAUUAGCUUGAAUAAAGAAAGAAAAAUGGCAAUAAGUUAACGAAUUAAGCAAGUAUGUUUUCAGUG